GCCGCCCAUCUGACUGGGUUGCUCCAGCUACUCUGGGUGACUUCCAGCAGCACAGCAAAACAUCCAAUAUUAAAAAUAUCUAUAGUUUUUAAUGAACAUCUAUAGUUAGUUUCAUUCUGGGCCUACAGAUAUGGGUUCAUUAGAAUGGACCAGUUUUUGUUCCCACAUACAACUUGGCUUGUUUGAUUAGAGAUUGGCUUUGUCCCUCAUUCCACAUUUCAACUAGGAAAUAUGUGGGAACUAGGGAACCGUUUUCUGGGUUAGUGGCACGGGAUAUGAUGGCAUAGUUGCUGUCACUUACCGGGCUGGGCUUGGCCAGCUUCCUUGAAUCAUCCUCACUGACUCCUCUAUGGUUUACAUUCAGUGCGGCACAUUUGCAGUGUGGCACAGAUGUGGCUUCCCUGAAGUUGCUCCAGUGACAUUUGAAUAACAGAUUGCUUUUAGAAUCCUAUGAGCCAUAAUUGAAUAAUAAUAAUAAUAAUAAUAAUAAUAAUAAGGCUCAGCACUAGGUUUUGGGAAACCCUUUGUCAUGUUAUUGGAUUGUCUUCUGCUAAAGCAGACAUGGAGAACCCCAGAGUUCUUCACAGGCCACACCCCUCCUCAUCGGCUCCGCUUCAAAUCCUUGGCCGAAAUGCAUCCUCGAACUCUGGUGACUCUCGCUUGUCUGCAUGGAUGAGAGAGAGAGCUGUGCGAGUGUGUAGAAAUUUUGCAAAGUGCACAUUGCAUUGAGGAAGACUUUCAUCUUCAGGAGGAAGCUAGAACGAAAUAUCCCAGUCCCUGUAGGGACAAAUCCUGUCAGGUUCCCCUGUCCACCUCUGCCAUGGCUCUUUUGCCUUUCCUGCACCCAUGGAGGAAGAAGAGUCGUCGUCAGUGGCCUACGUGCGAAAUGGGAGCUGCUCAGAAGCCCAGCAGUCUUAGCCAGCAGAAUUACCAAACUUUGCUGGAGGAAUGCUUCAAGAAAGGAUGCCUGUUUGAGGACGAGUUCUUCCCAGCCGAUAUUAGGUCCAUUGGAAAGGGACCAUUGCUCCAGAAACUACCUCAGAGGUUGCUGUGGAAAAGACCACUGGAACUGCAUAGGACCCCAGUGUUUUACGCUUCGAACAAAAAAAGGCUUGAUCUGUGCCAAGGAGUGAUAGAGGACUGCUGGUUUCUAGCUGCCGUGGAAGCGUUAUCAUUUCACCCAGAUAUCUUGUCUCGGGUCGUGCCCACGAACCAAAGCUUUGAGAGGAAGAAGUAUGCUGGGAUAUUCCAUUUCAAGUUCUGGCAUUUUGGCGAAUGGGUUGAUGUGGUAGUCGAUGACCGACUGCCAGUGAACGAAGCCGGACAGCUUGUUUUUCUCAGUUCCGUUUAUAAGAACCUGUACUGGGGAGCUCUUCUGGAAAAGGCUUAUGCCAAGCUGUGUGGCUCUUAUGAAGACCUGCAGAUUGGGCAAGUGUCAGAAGCUCUGGUGGACUUCACAGGUGGAGUUACUAUGACGAUCAAGCUGUCUGAAGCUCCGCCUGACCUCUGGGAUAUCAUGACAAGAGCAAACUACAGCAGAUCUCUGAUGGGUUGCCAGACACAGCCAGCCAGGAGAGUGGCAGAUAAGGAAUGCAGCGUCCAGAAAAGAAGAGUCCUGUCAAAUGGAUUAGUGUCUGGCCAUGCCUACACUGUGACUGGCAUUCGAAAAGUGACUUGCAAACAUGGACCCGAGAAUUUAGUGAGACUGAGAAAUCCCUGGGGAAAAGUUGAAUGGAAAGGAGAUUGGAGUGACAGCUCUGGGAAAUGGGAGCAGCUCAGCCCAAAGGAGAAGAUUUUGCUACGGAAGAAUGAUGAUGAUGGAGAAUUCUGGAUGUCCCUGCAAGAUUUUAAAACCCAUUUUGUGGGCCUGAUGAUCUGUAAACUGACUCCUGAUCUCCUGAGUAAGGAAUUAGGGAAGAAGUGGACGUGCUCGACGCAGGUCGGCAAAUGGGUCAAAGGAAGCACAGCGGGGGGCAGGAUGAAGGCGCACAACGCUGCAUUUUGGAGGAAUCCCCAGUACUUGCUGAGAGUUCUGCAAGGCAACGGGAGCAAAACGUCCCGUUACUCCUGCAGCGUGUUGGUGUCUCUGAUCCAAAAGCGCAACGACCAUCACCGGAAUCGGAUGCCUCAUCUCCACAUAGGCCUCUCCGUCUAUAAGGUGGGCCAGGAGUACCAUGACCUUAAUAGAAAACUGCCGGCUGCCUUCUUUGUCUGGAACAUGCCCCUGAAUAGGGCAGUCUUUGUAAAUGACCGUGAAGUGACUCAGGAUUUCCGGCUCCCACCAGGGGCCUAUGUCAUUGUCCCAGCCACUGCAGAACCCAACCAGGAAUCAAACUUCAUCCUGCGGGUCUUCUCCAGGAAGCACAGCCUUCAUGAAUUGGGUGGUGAUUCCAGCUGUGUCCUUUCAAAGGAAAUAGUUGAUGAACAUGAAGAUUGGGAAGAUUUCUUCACUAAGUACUUUGAUCAAUAUCCUGAGAUUAAUGCGAUGCAGCUGCUGAGGAUUUUGAACAAUGUGGCUUGGACGAAGCUUCAGAACCAUGGCCUGAGAUUUAGCCUGGAUGCCUGCCGGGGUAUAUUGGCCCUCUUAGAUUUUAAUAACACCGGCACCUUGAGCAUUCAAGAAUUCAGAUGCCUGUGGAAGAAGCUGCUUCAGUACCAGGCAGUUUUCCAGAAAAAUGAUAUUCAGCAAACAGGAACCUUGGAUCAAGUAGAGCUGCAAGCAUCUGUGCAAGAAUUAGGAAUCUCCCUCAGCAAUGAACUCUGCAAGCUGCUGGCCAUGCGAUAUGGGAACCCUGGUCUGAACAUCACCUUUGAGAGCUUUGCCUGCUUCAUGCUGCGUGUGGAACUCAUGAUGGAGGCCUUUCACAAUACGAGUAAAGAUGGCAAAGGAAUAUAUCUUCAAGAAUCUGAGUGGAUGAUGAUGACUCUCUAUUCAUGAAGUAAAGCAAAGGAGAAGAGUUGAGCCAAGCUACCUGGCCCCUUCACAAGGACAGAAGUGACAUCCUUUUAUCUGUAUACGGGGGACAUUUUGAGUCCAGCUUUAUGACUCUGGUGGAAUUUUGGAAGAGUUUCAUUCACUGGGAGCAGCUCCACUGAUGUCUCUUGGGAUUGCUUGUGGGUGCAGCAUGGACAAUGGCCAGAAAUCAUAAGGUCAUGCUUCUAGCAUAUUGACUGAGCCUUCUUUAAAAAGCGCUUCCCUUAGAAGAAGCAAAAAAAUCCUGAGUUACUGAUCAAGCACCUGGGUGACAAUGAAGGCUUAUGGUGUUAAGUCACGCGUCAUUUCAAUUCGUUGAGGAGUAUCUGCUGUUAAACCAGGAUGGAAUAGUUAUAUGGCUGCAGCAAGGAACAGUGAGCCAGUGAACAAAUACGAAGUGGCCUAAAGGGCCUUGCAGCAGCUCAUUUCCAAAAUGUACUUGCCUGAGUUGUAAGAUCGGCUGUGGAGGCACUGCUCGCCAUCUCAUCGUGGCAGCUCAGACAGGCAGUUACAAGAAACAGGGCCUUUUCAGUAGUGGCCCCAAAGCUUUGGAAUACCUGGUAGAGAUCUCCCUGGGCUCUUUAUAAGUGUCUUUUUAGGUAUCUGUUUCAACAAGCUUUGAAUAUCUGAUUAAUCUCACGGGCUGCUACUUUUAAAAUGAUAUGGUUAUUGUUGCUAAAACACUGUUUUCGGGUUGCUUUUAAAAUGAAUUUUUGUUAUAUUUAUAAUUUUGCUUAUUCUUGUAUUUAUUAUUUUGUAAGCCAUUUUGAGAGCUUUUAAUAGAAAAGUUUGGUUAAAAAUGAAGAACAUUUAUACUGACAGUCCUUCAGAUUGUCUGCAAAGGUUAGGGUUCACAUGUCCUUUGAGGUCAUUAUGGAGUGCCUUCUCCAGGCAUCCCACAAUGCCUCAUCCUCCCUUUGUUUCCAAGCUUGGCUUUGAACAUUGGGCAGCACUCCCCAAAUUACUUUCUUCUCCAUUUGCAUUUCCAUUUGGGGCUGGAGUAAAUAGCUGGCCUACUUACAUCAGCCCCAGUACAGUGUAUUUAUUUAUUUAUUGCUAUUUUUAAUUACUCAUUGUAAGUUUAUCGGAAAGGGUAGGAUAAUGAAAACAGGCAUGCAAGAAUCUGUGCAGUCCUUUGGGAUUUGGCAGAGAUGGUCACAAGAACUUUAGUUUGCCCCUUUCUGUUGCUUCCUGAUGAGCAAACCACUGUUAUCCUAUAUUUUUCAGCUGAGGUCAGUGAUAAAAUUGCUCUUCAGUUGCCACUGCCUGCACAUGUUGCUUUCAGAGCAGAAUCAGGGCCUAAACUUUAAUAGCCAAGAAAACCCAUGACUAUGAAAGAGGAAAAUCCUUCCCAGAAAGUGGCUAAAAUGCAGCUCUCAGUGGCUUCAUUGGGUUUGGGAUUCCACGCUGCAAAACUUUUAUUAUUAUUAUAAUAAAAAAUACAGUUUGUAAUGUAUUGCACAGGUUAUGAAGGAAGCUAUGAGAUAGCUCAAUGAGACUCUUAACAUGGGUUUGAGCCCCACAUUGGGCAAAAGAUUUUUGCAUUGCAGGGGGUUGGACUAGAUGACCCUCAUGGUCCCUUCCAUCUCUACAAUUUAUAUGAGUCUCUGAUUCCAUGGAAAUGGCUAUAGCCAAGUACAUAUGUUCCAUUGUGCUCCAAUCAUUUUAUGUAUCUGAUUUUUGUACACGCUUGUGCAUUGACUCCUUUUAACACAACUACGUGUAAUUGCAGCAUUAUUGUGUGACGAUUCAUGCACCCCGAAGAAUCCUCUGCUGAUUAUUCAAUAAAGUUUUUUAUAAUGCUAAGUAGCACUGAGAUGUGUGAAAAGAGGUCUUUGUCAACUCUUUGUAUGCCUUAACUCGUACAAUGCAAACUCUGUUCUGUGGAUCGCAAGGAAAGUGUUCUUGCCAUGGUGGUUUCCUUGACAUUUUUGAAAAUUUUAUGUAUCUGGCAGAGAAACACUUCCAGGAUUCUGAAGAUAUGACUCCUGUUUUCCUUGUGCCUGGUGGGAAACAACACACAAUCUAUCUUGGGGGGGGGAUGCAUUAUAUUGAGAGGUACUUCUACACCAUCACACUUUUCACUGGGUGCAUUAGCAGAAAGAAUUACAAGGACAUCACUGUGUAGCUGGUAAGCUGGAUGAGAAGUCUUUCACAGAGACAGAAGAACAAUGUGGAAAACAGAGCAUACAACACAAUGAAUAGAGAAGGUAGGUCGAUAUGGCAAUUAAUAAUAUAGAAAUCAGGAGUAAUUCAAGAAUCUAGCCCCCAAGUUCUCAGAAUACAAAAGAGUUCACCUUGUAUGUAUAAUACAUCUGGAGGCAUAAUAAAAUGCAUGU